GUCUUCGGGCGGCGACGGUAGGAGUCACCUUGUCUAGUGUUCGUGAUAUUUUCUGCAUCUUUUCUUCUUCACUGCAUCUCCUAGAGUUUUAUGCCCUGGUGUGCGGCGGGGGGAGGGAGGCAGCGGCUAAGUGUGUGUGUGUGUCCCCGUGCAUCUGAAACCAUGUCCCGCCUACGGCCCGAUGUUAAACUUGUCGCGCCGUGAAGUGUUAACUGCCGGCAGCGUCUUGGGCUCCGAGAGACGAGGCUGGUGUAGUGAGCGACAUCUCCCGCUACCGUGGACCUCGAUGAUUCAAACAUCUCCACUACACAUUAAACCAUGAAGUGAAUGAGAUCUUAGCAGUACUGUCCCUUUCAAAAGACAGACCGUCACUUGUAAACAAAGCGUGUCGCAGCAAGCCAGCAACCACUAGCUCACCACCACCGCAUUUACGUGCAUCAACACCUACCACUACCAUGCCUGUGGGGCCAGAUGGGUUUCGCCUUCAGAAUGUGAACGAGAGUAAGGAGAAGAACAAACUGGAAUGGGUGACGGGCCCCAGCCAGGACGAUUACAACCGCACCUUUGUGAUCAACGAUGAGGAUCACACACUGGGGAAUGCACUCAAGCACAUCAUUAUGCAGGAUCCCGCUGUGGAGUUUUGUGGCUACACAGUCCCCCACCCCAUGGAGAGGAAGAUCCAUGUGAGAGUGCAAACCCAUAGCACUCCAGCCCUGCAGGUUCUCCACAAGGCUCUCAAAGACCUCAAGAAGCUGAAUGAAGAUAUCAAGGAAAAGAUUGAGAUGUGUCCAUACCAUCACUCCUUCGCUGUUGAAACCACUGUGUCAUUCAUCAAUCAUGCUCUGUACUCUUUCCAUCUCCCACUGUUUUUCAUAUUCAUAUCUGUUUCUGUGAAUCACUGUCAGCUAAGAAGUGCUUCAACUUUUCCUGCUGCUUCUUUAUGUUACACACAGCUGAUGAUCUUAGAAGCAGCCUUUUGCAACACUUCCACUUUUAUUUUAUAGUUAUGUUAUGUGUAUGUUUUGUGUCAUGAUUUAAAUUUCUUUCUUUUGAAGUCAUAAUUAUCAUGAAAUAAAGAUCACAAAAAUAUCUAUAUCUGUGUACCAGGCUGGGAAUCCACACACCUGGUGGCCAAGACAAGGCACCACACAUUCUCACACACAUCAUUCACAUUCUUAUCCUCAUGAGCCCCUCUGGAAGCUCAGCACUGUUUGCUUCUUGAAUGGAUUGGUAGUGUGGUGUGGCAUCUCUCCCACCAUCAAAAUUACUCCCAGGUUAAUUUGCUGCAUUUCUAUCCUAAUACAUUAUUGAUGAUACAUACAUAAGAUAUAUAAAAUACCUGGUAGAUGUUUUGGUGCCCUCUUCUCACUAUAUGUAAUGUACACAACAUUUGGAUCAUGCUACAAUUGUAUUUCUGUUUGUGGCUGUGCUGAGUGAACUAAUCAUACUUCCACAGCACAUUUAAAAGACAGAAAAUACAGUCUGCUUAAAAUAUGCCAUCUUAAGUGAGAUUUGAAAUUAAACAGUGCCAGAGUAUCAA